AUGGACGAGGAAGCAAGUAUUGGCUGCGGCGACACUCGAGCCUUCUGCCCCACGGAGCCUUACAACUUCUCUUCCGGGGUCCCUGUGGAUGCUAUAACUUGUGAUCGCUGCGCCAUGGUGACGAUGGAGAAUUGGGAUCAGAGGAUAUGGUUGGGGGGUGAAGUUCGAUGGGCUCCCUUCGCCAGAUUUGAAGAGGAUGAGAUGCAGCUUGAAGGAUAUAACGUGGGUGUCCUCGACGCCUGCGGGGUUGAGAUCAUGCUUCUGGGCAGCGUCCCCGUGCGCAGUGGCAUGUUUGCUGAGAGUGUGAAGGAGUGUUGCGCGAACAGCUGGUAUGCAGUGUACUUCGGGCACUACCUACCACCUGAAUCGGUCAGUAUUUCGAUCACCAGCUGGAGCGGUUUAGCCGAAGACCUGCGGCUGGCCACCGCGCUGCCCAUCUUUCAGGCCACCACCUCCACAACAACCAGUAGUUCCUCCAGUAGCUCCAGUAGCACCAGCAGCUCGAGCAGCAGCAGCCACACCACCUUUGCCUUGGCGCUGGUGGUCACGGAUGUCGAUGCCUUCCUGGCAGAACCAGGUGCCACGGAGGCAAUGAGACAAACCUUGGCGCAGGCUGCUGGGGUCAGAGACACCUACAUCCAGCAGAUCAGCCUCUCCGAGGGCAGCUGCGAUGGUGCGGUCACCGAGGUCAACGACACCGCGGGGGCACGACGCCUGCAGAGUGCAGUACGCACGGACUACGUGGUGGUCUUCCCGGCCGCUUUGGGGGUGGAGGCAGCAUUGCAAGCUGUGGAAGCGAGCCGACAGGCACUGGAAGUGAUCUCCCUGGAGGAGGUGACGCAGAUCUUACAGGAAGAGGUGCAAAGAUUCCCAAGCAUCGCCAACAUCGGGGUGACGGUGAGUACAAAGGCAGUGACCAUAGAGGUGACGAAUGAUGAUGCAGCUGGAGGAGUUUACUAUUGUACGGAAGAACAGAGGCCCCACAUUGACGGUGCUGGGGAGUACACCUGCACUGGCAAUCCUGGGAAGGGGCAAAAAUGUACAGCUCCUUGUUCGGGCAGCGAUAUUUCUGCGGAGAUCAUUUGCUGGAGCUCUCGGGAAUGGUUGGUGACUGAGCCCUGUUUGAGCCAAUCAGAGGGAAUGGCAGCCUGGUUGGUGUUUCUCAUCGUCUUCCUGUGCUGUUUGAUCGUGCUGCUGAUCUUUGGCCUGCUGUUCGCUGUCUACACCGGUGCCUGCAAGAAGGUGACUCCCGAGGACGACGAUGCAGCCCCCGCCCCCAAGGACGCCUGGACGGCCACGCCGCCACCCAGCCAUGCCUCACCGCGCCCGGCGUCGCCGGAUGCACUGGCACCCAUGGGCGCCGCGGACAUUUCCUUCGUCACGGGGUUGCCUUGGGAGGCCAAGCGCGCCAGCAGCCGUGAGGAGCGCUCGCGGCCCAGCAGCAGAGAGGCGCGCAGCAAUGAUGCCCCACCAGUGGAGACGGUGGAGACCCUCAAAACGCGAAGCUCACGAUCCAGGU